AUGUCUAAUCCUCCACCUGCUACAGCUUCGGCCGAGGAACGAGCAACGUAUGUGGCCACUCACCCCCCUCCACCACCAGUGCCCAGCUAUCUGCCAACAACUGGCUCGCCUCUAGUGGUCGAUCACGAUCUCUACACUUCAAUUCAGCAAGCACCGCGCAAAGCAGAGCCAAUCGAAUCAUUUACGAUCCCUAUCUGUAGCGGACGAGCCUGGAAGGUGCCCGCGGGCAGUAUUGUGCGCAUUUCGACCCCCGAAGGGCCACAGGUUGGAGAUCUCAACAUCUGGAACCUGGAAAAUCCUCGUGAGAGGUUCUGGGCGUCCCGAACCAGACAAUUGCACCAAUCUCAUCUGUCAACCUUUGAUCGCUUGUGGAGCUGUCUCCCUUACAUGCGACCCUUGUGCACUAUCAUCGCAGAUUCCUUGUCAUGGUACGGCCAGGACCCUACGGGCGGAAGAUGCCACGACCUUCUCGGGACCCGGUGUGAUCCAUACGUUAAUGUUCUUUUGUCUGGGAAAGAAGCGAGUUACGACCACCAUUGCCACAGCAACUUGACACGCGCCGUCUUGCCGCUGGGCUUGAGUGAGAGCGAUGUCCACGAUGUGAUCAAUCUUUUCCAGGUCACCGGGCUGGAUAGUAAAGGAAGAUAUUUCAUGCAGCCGUGCCCCGCUCAGAAAAAUGAUUUCAUCGAGUUUUUCGCCGAGCAGAAUCUUCUGAUGGCCCUGAGUACAUGUCCUGGCGGGGAUCUUAGUCAGUGGGGAUUCGGAAAGGGUGCAGAUAUGGUCAGCAACUGCCGGCCAUUGCAGGUCGAGGUCUUUGAAUUAGAAGAAACAUGUAAAGCUGAUUUACUUGGACGCUGGAAACAGCCCGAGGUGCCUGCUUACAAAGGGGCCCAUGGUCUGGCCCUCCGAGCAGAAAAAUAG